AUAAACAUAGAGAGCCAUGCUCCUCAAACUACUCACCAUCGUCUUCUUCUUCAGCAUACUCUCGCAAUCCUUACAACAUUCUUCCCAAAACACCGAGUUCACCUUCAAUGGCUUCCAUCCUCCGUUGACUGACAUAUCAGUCCAAGGAAUUGCCAGCGUCACACCCGAAGGUGCCUUGAAGCUAACAAAAAUAGCAGGCUCGGAAAGCGGUCACGCCUUCUAUAGCAAACCAAUCCGAUUCAAAGAUUCUCCAAACGACACAGUUUCUUCCUUUUCAACAACAUUUGUCUUAGCUAUCGACACUUUAUUCUUGAGAUUUGGCGGCGCCGGCAUGGCCUUUGUCAUUGCUCCUAACCUUAACCGCGCAACCACAGCUCCCAACAUCGUAAAUAACAGCAAUGAUACACAUCAUGUAUUCGCUGUUGAAUUUGACAAGGUCCAAGAUCCCUUUGAUCCCGACAACAACCAUGUCGGAAUCGAUAUCAAUAGCUUGAAGUCAGUGAAAUCUUCACCGGCUGGGUACUGGUACGAUAAUGAUCAGUUUAAGAAGCUGACGUUGAUGAGUGGUGAGCCAAUGCAGGUUUGGGUCGAUUACGAUGGGCGUACCCAUCAGAUCAAUGUAACGAUGGCUCCAUUUAGAAAGGAUAAACCUAAAAAACCGCUUGUAUCUAUUGUGCGAGAUCUAUCCUCGGUUCUUUUGCAAGACAUGUUCGUAGGUUUCUCGUCUGCGGCCAGUUCGUAUGUGUCGGAACAUUUGGUUCUUGGGUGGAGUUUUAGAGUAAAGGGGGAAGCUCCGUUGUUGGCCUUAUCGAAACUUCCACAGGUGGGGCAAAGCAGCGGGAUGGACUGGUUAACCGUCUUGUCGAUUGCCCUCGUCAUAUUUUGCAUACUUUGUACCAUCUUCGUAUUGAUUUUCUCGCCCAUAAGGCUCGUGCGCUGCAUCUUGAGGAGAAGGAGAAAGUUCUUGGAGGAGAUAGAAGAUUGGGAAACAGAGUUCGCCAAGAACCGAAUGAAGUUCAAGGACUUGUACUAUGCCACCAAAGGGUUCAAAGAUAAUGAUGACCUUCUAGGAACGGGAGGGUUUGGGAGUGUUUACAAAGGUGUCAUGCCCAAGACUCAGAAAGAGAUCGCCGUGAAAAGAGUCUCAAACAAAUCCCAACAAGGGUUGAAAGAGUUUGUGGCUGAGAUCGCGAGUAUUGGCCGAAUGAGUCAUCGGAACUUGGUCCCUCUCCUGGGUUAUUGCCGCCGGAAGGAUGAGCUUCUUCUGGUGUAUGAUUACAUGCCUAAUGGAAGCUUAGACAAGUAUUUGCACAAUAGUCCAGAGGUAUCUCUCGACUGGAACCAGAGGACUAAAAUCAUCAAAGGUGUGGCCUCAGCUUUAUUUUUUCUUCACGAGGAGUGGGAACAAGUGGUGAUUCACCGUGACAUCAAAUCCAGCAACGUUUUGUUAGAUGCAGAGUACAAUGGGAGACUUGGAGAUUUUGGUUUAGCUCGGUUGUGUGGUCACGGUACCGAUCCUCAAACCACAGACGUCGCUGGAACAUGGGGCUACCUAGCCCCCGAUCAAGUCAGGACAGGACGUGCAACGACUGCUACCGAUGUUUUUGCAUUUGGGGUGCUCUUACUAGAAGUGGUGUGCGGUAGACGACCUAUCGAGUUUCAGAACCGAGAGAGCGGUGAGAUGGUAUUUCUUGUCGAUUGGGUUUUUCAUUUUUGGGAAGACGGAAACAUCUUGGAUGCCAAAGAUCCGAAUCUAUGGCAAGAUUAUGACCUAACAGAGAUGGAAAUGGUUUUGAAGCUAGGCUUGGUGUGCUCACAGUCCGACCCAGAGAAUAGACCAACUAUGAGACAGGUGCUACAUUAUCUAGAGGGAGAUGUAAUCUUAGCAGAUCUGUCACCUUCGGACUUGUGUGGGAGCGAGAGAUUGUUGGGAAUUCCAGAAGUGGGAUUUAGUGAAUCAAGCUUGUCUACCGGUGGAUCUUCAAUUACUAACUCUCUGCUCUCUGGUGGGAGGUAAGUUGUGGAUAUGUGUGUUUUGCACAAUUGCACUUCAUAUGUUGGAAGAAGUGAUCAUAAAGAUAUAUUGUAUGAUCAGUAUGGUACGUUGAACGGUUGAAUUGAAAAUAUACACACUUUGUAUGUCCAUUUUGUGAUAGAUUUGCCCUUCUGAAUAA